AUGUUUCCUCCACAUCUCCUUGCUCUUAUAUUCAUCUCCUCGGCAACAUCCCAGCCUCCACCUGAGGAGGAAGAGGAGGAGAAGAAGAAGGAGAAGGACAGGUAUGACCUGAUGUUCAGCAGGGGGGACCUGCUGGAAGUCCCUCGGACUCUCUUUACUCACUUUGGGAUUUACCUGGGUGGAGGCAGAGUGGCUCAUUUCAUCCCUGACAUCCUGCCUGUCGUCUCCAGUGACCAGUGUCGGAUUAAACAAAUGGUUACCAACACAAGACUCAUACUGGGAGUACUAGUUAAGUGUGGCAGUGUGAGAGUGGACUCAGUAGAGGACUUCGCCUAUGGAGCAGAGAUAAUCGUCAACCCAAUGGACAAGAUGUGCAGCCGUGCAGCGCUGCAGGGGGAGGAGGUGGCCCGGCGGGCCGAGAAGCUGCUGGGAGAUGUGGCCUACAGCCUGCUGUGGUACAACUGUGAACACUUCGUCAUGUACUGCAGAUACGGCACCGUCAUGAGCUUCCAGACCUUCCAGUUCUGUAAGACGCUGAGGAAGAUGCUGCUGAGUCGAGCUGUUGCCAAGGUUACAGCUGUGCUGGCUGCAUCUCUGCUGAUCUACCUGAGAGUUAUGAACACCUGGUCCAUCCUGCUGGCCGUGCUGCUGCCUUUCCUCAUCUGGAUGGCCUCCUGAAUACAUUCACUGACAUUA